AUGUCCACUCGUAUCCCACUACUAUUUGGAACCAUGACCUUCGGGUUUGAGGGGAAGAAUGGCGUUCGCACGUCCAAGGAGCAAGAUUGCCAGGAUAUCUUGGACGUAUUCUUCGGCCAUGGCCACAAGGAGCUCGAUACAGCUCGUGUCUAUGCUGAAGGAACGACGGAAGAGUUACUCUCGAAAUUGGAUCUCAAGGAUGCCAGCAUUGACACCAAAGUGUACCCUACCAAUCCUGGCGACCACUCCCCCGCCAAGCUUCGGGCCACCUUCCUCACCUCUCUAGCGCUGCUCAAGAGGAAGAAGGUCCGCGUUCUCUACCUUCACGCCCCAGACCGCAGCGUACCAUUCAAAGACACGCUGGAAGAAAUGAACAAGCUCUACGAAGAGGGAUUAUUUGAGAUAUUUGGACUGAGUAAUUAUGCCGCAUGGGAGGUCGCAGAGAUAGUCGGUAUUUGCAAAGCUGAGGGCUGGGUACUACCCAAGAUAUACCAGGUGAUGUAUAAUGCCAUCACCCGCGAGAUGGAACCAGAACUUCUGCCAUGUGUUCGGAAAUUCGGACUUCGUCUCGUCGCAUACAACCCGCUAGCGGGUGGCCUCCUGGCCGGCAAAGUCAGCUCAGUCGCAGACGAAGUUGAGCCCGGCAGCCGGUUUGAUCCUAGUGUGAAUAUGGGUAAAAUGUACCGUGCUAGGUAUCUCCACUCCGGUUACUUUGAUGCGGUGAAGCAACUUCAGACUAUUGCUACGAAGAAUCAGCUACGCCUCACGGAGAUUGCCCUUCGUUGGUGCCAGCAUCAUUCCGUACUCACUCCAGAAGAUGGAAUAAUUUUGGGAGCAAGCAGCGCCGCGCAAUUGGAACAGAACUGCUUAGACAGCGCCAAAGGCCCUUUGCCGGAGGAAGUUGUAAAGGCACUUGACGAGGCACGCAGGAUUGUCGUUCAGCAUGGCAGUGCUCCUUUGUACUGGCGCUGA